AUGUCAUUUUAUCCUGUAAUUUGUUUAAGUGCUUCUAAGAUGGUGAUUGAUUCAGGAGAAAAAGGAAUGGAAAGAAGGGAUGGAUUUCUUUAUAUUCAAGGUUCUGCUGAUGAUCAUGAAAUGUGGUCAAUGGGUUUAACAUCAUCCCAAUUUUGGAAAUAUCAAAAAGAAAUUUUAGAUACAAAUGAUCCAAUAGAAUGUGAAAAAAGAGUUAAAGAAAUUGUGACCAGAGAGAAAAUCAACAAUUAUAAUAUUGAAGAAAAAAUAAUUACUAAAGAUUCUUUUGAAAAUACUUUUUUUAACUUUAUAGGAAAUUCAAAUAUAGCUAUAGGAAAUUACAAAAGAAAAAAAGGACAAAAUAAAUUAUUUUCAAGUAUUCCAAUUGCUUUAGAAUUUGUUAAAAAACCUUUGGAAGAAAAAAAAAGAAUUUUAAUUCAUUGCAAAGUAGGAAUUGAUAGAAGUGUUGGCAUUUGUUUGGCUAUAUUGAUAAAUUAUUUUGAUGAUGAAGUUGUAACCAAAGACUUAAUACAAAAAAGAUUGUUAUUAAUUACAAAAUACAGAAUCAAGGCUAAUCCAACCAGAGCAACAUUAAAAAAGGUUAAUAAUUAUUUUAUGAGUAAUUUACAAUGA